AAAAAAAAAAAAAAAAAAAAAAAAAGACUCUCUGGCUUCUCCUUUUCUCCGAUCCAGCAGCAACAACAACCCAUGAAUAAAUUAUCGCAGCCCAUUGUGCAAGCACCGAGCCUGGAUUCAUAGCCAGAGUGACGCUGGGGCAGCCGGAGUACCGCCGCGCAGAGGAGCAGCGAGACGAGCCCAGCAGCUGGGAGGCUUGAGUGGUUUUUUUCCCUUGCAGUAGCACAGUAGUCAUUUUAUUAUAGCCGCAGCAAGACUCGGGGUUAGCAGCUGCUACUGCAGUGAAACACAGUGCAGACAGCGUGUUUUUUUGGAUAGUAGUUUUAAAAAAAAAUAAAGAAAUGGAGACGAUUGUUAAUAUUUCUGUAACAUAACCCUCUUUUUCUUGGUACGGGAGAGGAAGGAAAGGUGUGGGGGGUGGGGGGUCUAGUAUUGUGUGGACCAGCGAGGCUUGCAAAAACGACAACUGCUUGAUAACUGCUGUGUACCUCGCCUGAGACCAGAGAGGCAGCGACGCGUUUCUGCACCGAUACCCGUGUGCUGUGGACCUGCCGAGGCGGCUUCACUCAAGGCCCGCCCGCUUGCUGAGUGUGGGGGCUCGUCGCUGCACCCAGAGGCCGUCCGAUGAACUCCAUGAACCCCAUGAAACCCUCCCUGCCUCCGACCCCACACAGUGACGGCUCGUAUUCGUAUGAUCCUGUCUCCUGGCAGCAAGGCGCCAACCAGCCCCCUGGCUCUCUGUCUGUGGUGACGACUGUGUGGGGGGUGACCAAUAGCUCGCCCAGCCAGCAGGUUCUGGGGAACCCGAUGGGCCCGGGUGGGAAUUCGGGGGGCAGUCACAUGCUGCCAGGCAGCAACCCCGGAAUGAACUCUCCGCAGUUCAUGGGUCAGCAGGGGUACCCCGAACACGUGCCCAACAAAGGGUACCUUCAGCACAACAUGUACAGCCGGGGGGGUUACCCCACCUCGCAGGGCUAUGGGGGGGGCAGUCCAGCUCUCUCACAGACCCCUCCCUCCCUCUCCUCUCCCAGUUACCCCGGGGGUCCCAGCGGCCCCGGCUCGAUGGGGAUCCAGCAGCACGGGUCCCGCCCCGCCUCGGACUUCACGCAGGCGGCCACCGCUGCCGCGGUAGCAGCAGCAGCUGCCACGGCAACCGCCACUGCCACAGCAACAGUCGCUGCGCUGCAGGAAAAACAGAACCAGGAGCUGGGCCAGUACGGGCCGAUGGGUGGCCCCUCCUCCUACAGCAGUCAGUUCAUGCCUCACUCCGGGCCCCGGGGGCCCCCGGGCAUGGUGGGGGGGGUGGGCCACGCUAGCAUGGCUGCCAUGGGCAUGGGCCCCUCCCGCCCCCCCUCGAUGGGGCCCAUGUACGCAGCGGCCCAGGGGCAGCGGCUCCCCCAGCACCCCGGAUAUCCUGGGCCCCCCCAGGGCCAGCAGAUGGGCCCCCGCGGACAGCAGGGGCUCAAGAGAACCUACAGCGCUGAGUCAGCUGAUCACUUCAAUGGACAGGGCAGCAGCCUGGCAGGAGGAGGAGGGUACAGCAGCUUCACGCAGCAGCCAGUCAGUGGGCCUGCCCGUGUGAUGCCAGGGUACCCCAGUUCUCCUCUCCCAGGGAACCCCACUCCGCCCAUGACCCCAGGAAGCAAUAUGGCCCCCUACAUGUCCCCCGGACAGGAUGUGAAGUCGCCCUUCCUGCCGGACCUCAAGCCCAACAUCAAUGCACUGCCGCCUCCGCCCCCUUCAGGUAACCCUAGCGAUGACCUGCGGCUGACCUUCCCCGUGCGGGACGGCGUGGUGCUCGAACCCUUUCGACUGGAGCACAACCUGGCCGUGAGCAACCACGUGUUCCAGCUGCGAGACUCUGUGUACAAAACACUCACGCUGAGGCCAGAUCUGGAGCUGCAGUUCAAGUGUUAUCACCAUGAGGACCGGCAGAUGAACACGAACUGGCCGUCGUCUGUGCAGGUGAGCGUGAACGCCACGCCGCUGUCCAUCGAGCGCGGGGACAACAAGACCUCCCACAAGCCGCUCUACCUGAAGCAGGUGUGCCAGCCGGGCCGGAACACCAUCCAGAUCACCGUCACCGCCUGCUGCUGUUCUCACCUGUUCGUGCUGCAGCUGGUUCACAGGCCCUCCGUCCGCUCGGUGCUGCAGGGGUUAAUGAAGAAACGUCUGCUGCCUGCCGAGCACUGCAUCACCAAGAUCAAGCGGAACUUCAGCAACGGGACGAUCCCGGGGACGCCAGGUCUCAAUGGGGAGGACGGGGUGGAGCAGACGGCCAUCAAGGUGUCUCUGAAGUGUCCCAUCACCUUUCGCAGAAUCCAGCUGCCAGCCCGGGGGCAUGACUGCAGACACAUACAGUGUUUUGAUCUGGAGUCCUAUCUGCAGCUGAACUGUGAGAGAGGAACAUGGCGUUGUCCUGUGUGCAAUAAAACAGCGUUAUUAGAAGGACUGGAAGUGGACCAGUACAUGCUGGGAAUCCUUAUUUACAUCCAGAACUCUGACUUCGAGGAGAUCACCAUCGACCCGGCCUGCAGCUGGAAGCCGGUUCCGAUCAAGCCCGAUAUCAAGGAGGACCCGGACGGGCCGGCGCCGAAGUGCUGCCGCACCAUGAGCCCGAGUCACAUGAUCCUGCCCAACGUCAUGGAGAUGAUCGCCGCGCUUGGACCCGGCUCCUCGCCGUACCCUGGGCUGCCUGCAGGGGGCAGUGGAGCCGCGCCAGACUACCCUGGCCAGAACUCUGGGUACCCCAGCCAGCCCGGCUUCGCUGACUUCCCCCCUGGCACUCCCCUGCCUCUGGGGGAGUUUGCCCCGGGUCCACCCCCCCUCUCCUAUCAGUCCGACCUGCCCAGUGGCCUGCUGACCCCUGAGAAACCUGGGAGCCACACCAUGCCUGGACAGAUGUCUCACCCUGGGAGGAUGGAUCAGUCCCACAAUGCUUUGCAGCAGCACCACCAGGGUCUCCAAAGCAACCCUCACCUUGGCAACCAGGCCCCGCCCCUCCACUCCCGUAACCCUUCCCAGAAUGCCCGGCUGCAGCAGGUUGCCGGGGGGGCGGGCCCCCACGGGCAUUCCGAAGGGUCGUUUGGGCCUGGAAUGGGGGGGCCGGGAGAGGUCCCUGAGCCGUCCCUCGAUUUGCUGCCGGAGCUGACGAAUCCCGACGAGCUCCUCUCAUACCUCGGCCCCCCCGACCUGCCCAGCAACAGCAGCGAGGACCUGCUCUCACUCUUUGAGAACAACUAGGACUACAACUCCCAGCGUCCACUGCGCAGCACGCCGACAGCCAAUACAGAGGAACUACAACUCCCAGCGUCCACUGCGCAGCAUGCCGACAGACAAUAGAGGAACUACACCUCCCAGCAUCCACUACGCAGCACGCCGACAGACGGACUACUCCCAGCGUCCAGGAGACCACAAUAUCCAGAGCCCACCUAUAGACAAAACAGGAGCUACAACUCCCAGAGCGCACCGCUGGCUGAAGCUGAUCUCCACAGCUUCUGUGUCUGGCUGUGAGAACUGACAGAGAAACUACAUCUCCCAGAUUCCCCUGCGGUCAGUGCGUCUGGUCUUACUGAGUUCUGCAGUUCUGGAAGCGAAGAUAAAACUAAAUCGAGGGAGGAAGCCUACAAUUUGUAAAUCUCAACGAAGCAAAAAAAAAAAAAAAAAACACACACACUAUCCCAGGUGCUUCUUUUUAUUGAAAAAAAAAAAUCUAUUUGAGAAAUGAUUUGGACCUUUUUUUUUUAUCAAUCAAGUGUUUAAAAAGAAAAGGGAGAGAAAAUUGAGCAGCAUAAUUAACGAGAGUCUCGAUCCAUCCCUGUUUCUCUGUUCCAGGGACUUCCAGUUGAUAUAUUUCGAGGCGUCGUCACUGUUGUGAUCGUGGGACUGCUGUCAUUUCGAAGCCCGGUUUAAUUAACAGACACGCAGAGACUUCGAUUGACGUCGUUCGCUGCCGCCGUGGUGAGAAUCUCGUUUUAAACACAAAUCAGCAACGUGUUUGGAAUGGAUUUUAAAAACUGGAACUGAGGAGAGCCCGGGUUCACCCCAGCCCCGGUCCCCUUGAGCCAGGGUGCGAGGUGCAGUACCUGGUGCGGGACAUUAGGGGGCGGUGGACUGCUUCACGAAUCCUUGUUUUAAAUACGUUUUAUUCAAUAAACAAUAAUUAAUAAUACAAAAUAAUAAUAAAAAAAAUGAAGUGUUUUUUUUUAAUUAAUUUUUUUUUCGGGCACGCAGAAGAAUAUUGACAUGACUCUUGGAGCGUGUUUAUUUGUUCCAGCAGCAUUUUAAACAGCAGCCUGGGUGCUUGGCGUGUGCUCGUUUUGUUUGUUUGGGGGGGGGGGGGGGGGGGGGGGGGGGGUAAUUCCUCUGCAGUGACUGGGGCCACAGAGUUGUGCAUUUUGACCCUCGUGGGUUUCUGUAGUUGGUCACAAUGACGAGAGACUGAUAAGCCCUUCCCCCUCCCCCGUCCCAUUUCACAGUGUUCCUGUCAUGGUAAUUUUGCUCCAGAGUGGACAGUAAUGCUGGUAUUAUUAUCCUCUGAUGCUGUACAGAGCAAGCUCAGUGAUGGGUCUGUGUUGUUGAGAGAAUGAUUUUUCAUUGUAUUGGAGAGAAUGAAAAAGAAAUUGAAAUUAAAAGGUGAAGUUUA